UUUCAAGUAUCCAAAAAUUCCAUCACACCAAGCAAUCUCUCCCCUCAUUCCUCUUCUUCAACAUCUUCGCCUCUCCUCUCCUCUCCUCUGGAAUUCAAUCCAUCACCUUCCCAUUUCUGCUCAAAAUCUAUCAGUUCUGUGCAGUGGCAUUGCUGAAAUGGAGCAUGGGACUAGAUCAGAUCAACCUAGUUGUCCUACUCGAAUGUCUUUAUGGAGAAAAGAAGCUAUUAAUAAGUUUACACAGCAGAAUCUUCCGGCUUGUAAACCUGUACUAACACCAGCAUGGGUCAUUUUGACAUUUCUAUUGAUCGGUACUAUUUUCAUUCCUAUUGGCCUUGUUUCUCUUCAUGCAUCGCGAAGUGUUGUUGAAAUUGUGGACCGAUAUGAUAUUGAUUGUGUACCAGAACAAUUUAAAAGCAAUAAGCUGGGAUAUAUUAAAGAUAGCUCAUAUCCGAAAAAUUGUUCUCGCACAUUAAAGGUGAACAGAUAUAUGAAAGCUCCAAUUUACAUCUACUAUCAGCUUGAUAACUACUAUCAAAACCACCGAAGGUAUGUCAAAAGUAGAAGUGAUCAGCAACUCUUGCAUGGAUUAGGGUCCAAUAAAACGAGUCUCUGUAAACCUGAACAGUCCAACAAUGGUCUUCCAAUUGUCCCAUGUGGUUUGGUAGCAUGGAGUUUGUUUAAUGAUACCUAUAAAUUUAUUCGUGGGAAAUCAGAAUUGAAUGUUAACAGGAAGAACAUAGCAUGGAAGAGUGACCGUGAUCAUAAAUUUGGGAAGCAUGUUUAUCCCUUCAAUUUCCAGAAUGGGACCUUGAUUGGGGGUGGAAAGCUAAAUUCAAGUGUUCCUCUAAGUGAUCAAGAAGAUCUUAUUGUAUGGAUGCGCACAGCUGCUCUCCCUAGCUUCCGGAAGUUGUAUGGUAGAAUUGAAGAAAAUUUGCAUGCAAAUGAUGUUAUAGUAGUCAACCUAAUGAACAACUACAACACUUAUAGUUUUGGCGGGAAAAAGAAGCUCGUUCUUUCAACAUCAAGCUGGUUGGGAGGAAAGAAUGACUUCCCCGGGUUUGCCUACAUUUUUGUUGGUUCUUAUUGUAUAGUCAUCGCCAUUAUCUUCAUGUUACUUCAUGUGAAAUAUUCAAGGUUCCAGGUGUAAAGAAUUAAAGACACAGAGAGCAUUAUUUGAUUUUAAAAGAAGACACUUUACAAUUGGAGUUUGUUGAAAACAUGGUAGUGGGGUUCGAAGGCGUCCCCGGUUUCACAAGAUUCCUAUUCUUCCCAUUGUUACUAUAAUUUUUUUUAAAAAUUAUUUAUUGAGUGAGGAUUGAUCAUCGUUGGAGGAUGACCUUGAACAUUAUACGUUUUGCAGUUUUUGAUACACCAUAUUGGAAGCUGAAAGUGUAAACAGUGUACUGAUUGUUUAAAUAGACAUUUGUUUAAUCCGAAGGGAGGUAAAAAUUACAUAAA